UGGAGUGUGUGGCCGGAACUGCUUGUUCUUUGUUUCCAGUCGGACUGUUUAGCGGCAGGACCGGAAACAUGGCGUUCAACUUCGGCGGCGCGGCUGGCAACGCGAGUCUUUCUGGCACUGGCUUCGGAGCCGCGACCACGACAUCCGCGUCCACGGGCUUCGGGUUCGGAUCCGGUAGCGCGGGUGCGUUCGGAGGCUUCGGCACAACAACGACGGCCGGCACCGGGUCCAGCUUCAGCUUCUCUACGCCGGCUAACACAGGUGCGAGUCUCUUCGGGAACACCCAGAACAAGGGCUUCGGGUUCUCGUCGGCGCUGGGCACGAAUGCUGGCACGGGCUUCAGUGCGCUGGGAGGAGCUGGACUGGGGUUCGGGGGCUUCACUGGGAUCACUGGGAUUCAGCCUCAGACACAACAGGGUGGUGUGUUCAACCAGCAGGUGUCUCACUCCUCUCAGCUCUACAACACCGCUAGCGCUCUCUCCGCGCCAGCGGUCCUGAACGACGAGCGCGACUCCAUUCUGGCCCGAUGGAACCAGUUACAGGCGUUCUGGGGAGCAGGCAAGGGUUACUUCAGCAGCAGCGCUCCACCAGUGGAGUUCAGCCAGGAGAACCCCUUCUGCCGCUUCAAGGCGGUGGGCUACAGCUGUGUCCCCGGGGUGAAGGACGAGGAUGGUCUGGUGGCUCUGGCUCUCAGUAAGAAGGAGUCGGAUGUUCGUGCUCAGCAACAGCAUCUGGUGGAGUCCUUACACAAGGUCCUGGGCGGAGUUCCCACGCUGACGGUGAACGUGGAGGGCGUGCGAGCGUUACCCGACGACCAGACCGAGGUGAUCGUGUAUCUGGUGGAACGCUCUCCGAACGGCACGUCGAAGCGAGUCCCGGCGUCCACGCUCUACGGCUUCAUGGAGCAGAUGAACGUGAAGAGUCAGUUACAGCAGCUCAGCGUGUUCAUGACCGUCAGCCGCACCGCGCUCACCCCUGCUCAACUCAAGCAGUUACUGCAGAACCCCCCCGCUGGUGUGGACCCCAUCAUCUGGGAACAGGCCAAAGUGGACAAUCCAGACCCAGAGAAGUUGAUUCCAGUGCCGAUGGUGGGCUUCAGAGAACUGCUGCGGCGACUGAAGAUCCAGGACCAGAUGAGCAAACAGCACCAGACGCGAGUGGACAUAAUCUCUAAUGACAUCAGCGAACUGCAGAGGAAUCAGGCCACGACCGCCGCCAAAAUCACACAGUACAAACGCAAGCUCAUGGACCUCUCACACAGAGUCCUGCAGGUGCUGAUUAAACAGGAAGUGCAGAGGAAGAGCGGUUACGCCAUUCAGCUCGAUGAGGAACAUCUGAGAGUUCAGCUGGAAACCAUCCAAUCAGAGCUCAACGCUCCCACACAGUUCAAGGGGAGACUGAAUGAACUCAUGUCUCAGAUCCGGAUGCAGAAUCAUUUCGGAGCCGUUCGUUCAGAGGAGCGCUACCGUGUGGAUGCCGACCUGCUGAGAGAAAUCAAACAGCACCUGAAGCAUCAGCAGGAGGGCUUGAGUCACCUGAUCAGUGUCAUCAAAGACGACCUGGACGACAUCAGGACGGUGGAGGACGGGCUUCAGGACAGCGUGCACACGCGCGGCAGCAAACUCAGCUGAGCCGACACACACUGCAGUGAUGCGCAGCUCAUUUAUUUAGACUUUUGCGUGUGAAUGUUUGCCUCCGAUCCGCUGGACUAUUUUACUGUCGAUAUGAUGAUUAAUAAAGUUUCACUAUGA